AUGGCUCCAGGCAAGAACAGCGGCCCCGGUCUCACCACCGCCGCCCCCCGGGCAAAUUUUUGGAAGCCUUGCGCAAUCCUUCUGGAUGGCUGCCGCGGCCCCAUCCUCGGAGGGAAAGCUCUCGGUGUGCAGCCACAGUCGGAGGUCAACUCAUACCUCUUCAUGUACAACUACACGCAUGCCGAGUCGAGUAUCGGAUUCUCGCUCGAGUUCCCAUUUGGCCAGGGAAACGAGGAAGAAGGGUUUGGCAUAUGCCACAGAGUCGACUAUCUCCAUCACACGAUAGUUCCAACCGACAUGCAUAGGAUUGAGGUCAGAUUCCCCCGAGAAGGCUUCUCCCGUUCCGUCGAGCCAGUAGUCAGCGAUGCCCUACGAAGCCACUUCCCCGGCACCAAGAAGCACCUGUCGCUGGUCGAGGUUAGUCUGAGGGAUCCAACCCUCACCAAAGUGCACGGUUUCGGCAUGCCCUCCAAGGGCCUUGGGCACCCAUCCGAGGAGAUGCUCAACCACCAGGGAGGAUUCAUAGCCGGCAAGCAUACUCUGCUGGAGUUCCUGCGGCAGGACAGGUUCCGGAUCAUCGUCGCCGCACCAAGCGGCAUCUUGGAGAGCAGUUGGCACGUCGACAAGCUUCCACCGCCCUUUGCCUACCCCUACGGCAACAUCCACAACUGGGAUGAGGGGCGAUACGCCAAAAUGCUUGAGGUCGAGGGUCACCAGUUCCUACCCACCUGGAAUUAUCAUGACGACAACGCUCACCUAGCCGUUAUGACACAGUCUCAGGUCCAAGAUUUCAUGUGGCUUGACGGAGCCGUUGGCAAGAUCGCUUCACGGAAGUUCUCGGCGUAUUUCGUGGAAUACGCUCAAGGCAACACGUCGAGAUACUUUGUCAUCAUGGCCCUCUCAAAGACCUUCAAGAAGAACUUCGAGCAUGCUCUGUGCCAUCUGGCCAAGGGUGCCUUCAAGCUUGACCUCUACGACAACUGGGAAGACGAGGCGCCCUCUGGUCAGUGGGAUGCCAAGAUCGUGGAUCUGCAAGGCAUCGAUGCCCUCAACGCACAUAACCUUGCCGAUCAUGAGAUGGUUCUGCUAGUUCACCGGCCCCUCCUGACGCAAGCCGCCCAAGGCCCUGAGUUCGAGGUCAUCACGUUCCACGAUCGCCCUACCGCCAACCUCGCGUUGAACGAAAAAGGUGACUAUGAGAUGAAGGUCAACGCCAUCUGCCUCUUUCAACCUGGCGAGCAGCCAACCAAUUCGAUUGGCGGGAGUCGUUCAGAGGUCGACUUCAAGAUGAGCCUGCACCGAGACCUGGUCCGCGGAACAGGCUUUUAUGAUACCCUGAUAGGCAACGUUCCUUCCGGCCCUUCUCUCGAGCUUUUGGGCAACCUAGGCAGAUCACUCCCCGUGAUCAACCUCCUAGGAACCGACAAAGACCGCAUCAAGGCUCUGAUGCAGGAGGCUCUUCCCCAAGAUCGAGCCAGGUUCCAGACAUACCUCAGUGAGAGGCCGCUCGGGCUCGGAGUAAUUGGUGCUGGCCUUGGAAAAACAACUGCCCUCGCCGUUGGCACGAUUGGCAUGUCGUGCAGCCUGGGCAAGAUCUACGCCACCGGCCCGACAGAUAUCGCUGUGAACAACUUCGCCGCUCGACUCGACCGUGUGGACACCAGCGCCACGGACCGCAUGAACGAGGGCAACGAUGAAGGGAACCGUGUUCGAUACAAGCAUGUUGUCCGCGGUUACAAGAUCGAUGACGAAGCAUCUGCCUUCCUUCACCUGCUGCGAUUCCCCGACGAUGGAGACAAGGCUGCCCCAAACUCGUUCUUGUCAGGCCAGUCAGAGUGGAAGAUGCACCUAUCUGCCGCAUAUUGGGUUCUUGUCCUCCUGCGCUCCCCCAACCCCGAGGUCCGCCCGUUCCGUCGGAAUGAGAGCGUUGCCCUUCACGAGAUGCGAAGCCGCAUCGAAAACGAUGAGCAGUUGCACCGCCUUCGUGCCGUGGCCUCUCAAGGGAUCGAUUGGAUUGAAUAUGAGCAAGGCCUUAUGGUAAGCAAGGAUAGACUUGACUCGUUGUUGGAGGACGUUGUUCGCAUCGCAGAUAUCGUCUGCACCACGCCAUCACUGUCGGCCAAGGAGCCCUACUCCGCCUGGAAACGCAAGGCCCAGGGCAUUGCGGUAGAUGAGGCCGCGUGCAUUAGCCGCCCCGACCUCUACUGCGUCUGGGGCAACACGCUUCUGCCCUGCCUGAUGGCCGGAGACGAUAAGCAGCUUCCACCGGCGGUGCUCAACUCCCACAACCGGUUCGGCCAACAUGCCAAGAUCUCGCCGUUGCUGUGGUUCAAGGCCAUGGGAUGGCCCAUCUACCGCCUCGGGUUGUCCAGGUAG